AUGUCACCCACGAUGGCCAUGACCAUGUCCUCAGCCAUGUAUACGCCUACGACCGACGCCUUGGAGCGCCACGAGUACGGCAUCACGAAGCACCACCGCAAGACCUCGUCUACCGGUGGAGGCAGGGCCUGGAGCGAGGACGAGGAGAUGUACCUGCUCCAGACACGCCUGCAGAAAAUGCCAUACAAGCACAUCGCCGCCCACCUGAAGAAGACGGAGCUGGCAUGCCGCCUCCACUACCACCAGCUCAGCCACGGUAGCAACCGCCGCAAGAGGACGACAUCCAUGUCCUCCAGCAGCUCCUCCAAUGGCCACUCUCCCCUCAUGCACGCCGCCAUCCCGAGUCCCAUCCACGAAUCUCCCAGCCGUAGCGUGUCACCCCCGAUGUCCCUCGCCAGCUACGCUUCCGGCGGUGCCGUCCAGCUCCCCAGCAUCAUGAACCAUGGUCUCGGAUCGCACAGCUCGCCUCGCCUGCCGGCUAUCCUGCCCAAGCCUGCGAACAUGACGCUGGCCGCCGGCGGGCCCCGCUACAGCCCGCUGCAGGAGCACAUCCAGCAGAGUGGCCCCCUCCUGCCCUCGGCCAGCUUCUCUGCUGUCGGCCACUCCCAGGUAUCCUCGGCAGCCCCUUCGCGCAGCGCCAGCAUGACCUCGCUCCGGCUGGACUGCUCCACCCUGCCGGCACCCUCGUGCACCGGGUCUCAGCCGAUCGACAUGGGCCGUCUUCAGGCUGUGUACAGCAACCACCGCUCCAACUUCUGGUCGACGGUAGCAGCAGAGUACGGCAGCGGGGUCCACCCCUCGACGCUCGAGCAGGCCUGGCGCACUGGCAAUGCCGGCACGGCUACUGGGUCUCACGGUCACAACUACGCCGCACCCACCCCUAUCACGCCUACUGGCAGCCCCGAUGAGCGGGAAUGCUACAACAGGCAGAACAGGACACGCAUCUCUGCGAUCCUGGGUAUCGACGCAAGCCCUCGCGGCCCCAAGGAGAGGGAGUUGGUGAGGAGAAUGGAGGAG